UUACGUCUCGUUAACUUGACUCUGUGUCCAAUGGAAGCUUCGUCUCGCGACCCGAAGGAAACAAUCGAUUCUGAUUUAAGCUUUAAAAAUAGGAGCAUUUACAAUUAAACCAGAGAACUAACUGCUCAUUUAACGUUUAAUCUGAGUCCCUCUUCUUGUCUGUGCGUUUAAAACCCGCUGAUUCACCGUUAAAAGGUUCCGGUGGGCCUUGUUUAUAAACUGAGAAACAGGCCGGAGCAUCUUUAGAAAACCAAAGAAAUGACCCAGAUGCAACAAUGACAUCCAGAUUCGGUAAAACCUACAGCCGUAAGGGGGGGGAGGGCACGUCCAAGUUUGACGAGGUCCUGUCGACCAAGAGAGGCACCCUCAGCACCAAAUGGGGCGACACCACCUACAAGGCCAAGGUGGGCUCCAAGCGUGCCGGAGCGCCCAAGAAUGACUCGGUCCUCGAGGUCUACAAGAGACCCCGUCCGAGCGGAGACGGUCUGGAGGAUCCGUUCGGCUUCGACAGCGACGAUGAGUCCAAGCCGGUGUCGUCCCGCAGCAAGUCGUCCCCCGCCAAGCCCAACGCCGCAGAGCCCCCCCAGGCGGAAAGGCCGGGGUUCUCUCUGAACAUGGGGAGCAUGUCCAGCCUACAGGGGGGGGCCCACGCUCUGACGGCCUCCAAAGGGUCCUCGUGGAUGGCCAACGAUAGGAGCCAGCCCCGGGUGUUGGAGGACACGGCGCGCUUCUUCAACAGCAGCAGUGCGAGCACAGGAAAUCCUCAGACCUCCUCAUCUUUAGAACCUCAGCACAGCUACUCGUGGUACCUGAACGCCUCGGAGAGCGACAAAAAGCCGCUGCUGCAGACCACCACCCUGAAGACGGGGCCCAAGGCCGAAUCCUCGUAUGACGCCUGGGACGACAUCAUGGGCCUCCGCCCGCCGUCGCCCAGCAGCCAAGAGCCUCGCAACCCAGCCCCGACGCUCUCCUGGGCCACGGCGGGGGUCGUUUCCCGGCACCAGAAGCCCCCAUCUCCCCCGCGGAGCCCCAGCCUGAGCGAGGACUUUGGGGGCGACUUGGACUUCCUCAUGGAGACAACGGACUCCUCCCAGACAUCCUCCUCCCAGACGUCCUCCUCUUCCUCGCUGCUCAGAAACUCAAACUGUCGGACGUACAGAAGGCCCAACAAGGCCUCGGGGAAAACUUCGGACACUGUCUCCGGAACGGAUCCACCCAAAUCUGAAGUAGGAGGUAAUAAGACGACAGUAGGGGGCGGGGGAAGAGGGAGGGGAAGGACCAGGGACUUCACGGUGCUUCACCCCUCCUCCGUGUCCAUGUGUAACGUCACCAUCCAGGAUCGAGGGGUGGAGGAGUUCAGUCCGGACGCUGCGCCCUCCAGCGGGUGCAGCAGCGCCGGGUCGGGGAGCACUGCGGACCUGGGGGAGUCGGGGUGGCAACGGAAGAAGACGGAGCUACAAAACACAAGGUUCAAACCAACCCAGAUAAAGACAAAGAAAGACAGUAAACUGGAGCAUUUCGGUUUCGAAGACGAAGAACCCCACCAGGAGGAGAACAACGCCGAAAACAGCGACGGCCGAUCCAGCUACAAGAUCCAGUACUUCGGCUUUGACGACAUGAGCAACAGCGACGGAGAAGACGAGGACGACAGUGGAGCCAAAGCGAGGAGGAGGGCAAAGAAGGCGGCCGCGGCCAAGAGAGCCCCGAUGGAGCUGAUGGAGCCGAUGGAGGAAAUGCCGACGGAAGAACCUCCGGAUCCUUUCGAGGCUCUGGAGAGGUUGGAGGCCCUCGAGAGGACGGAGAGACUCGAGAGGCUGGACAGACCGAGCAAGGAGACCAAGAAGAACGCUGAGAAGGAGAGCAGGAUACGAGCAGAGGUCCCGGAAUUCUCCGAGGACAGCCUCAGGGUGUUGGCCCGGGCUCCUCGGCCCCCCCGCAGGCCUCCUACAGGCAAAUCAACUGAGAAGAACCCGGACUCCUUCAGGAGGAUCUUCAGCGCACACAAGAAGUCGCCCACUAAAGCUGUGUAUAACGCCCGGCACUGGGCGGUGGAGAGUGAAGAGGAGGCUCCGCAGACCUUCGUCUCUCGAUCGCAGACGGCUCCUGCCCCAGGCUCAGCAGGAGGAUCCAGUAAGGAGUUGUCGGAUGCUAAGAAGGACGAGGGCCUCUUUAAAGCCCCGCCCCCUCCUCCCAAGGUCACCAAGUGUGUGACCCUCCCCACGGACCUCUACCAGGACACCGUCACUGCACUCAAGUGCCGCAAAGAGCACAAAGAGCUGUACACCGUGGUGCAGCACGUGAAGCACUUCAACGACGUGGUGGAGUUCGGGGAGAACCAGGAGUUCACCGACGACUUUGAGUACCUGGCGACGGGUCUGAAGAGCGGACAGCCGCUCAACACCCGCUGCCUCAGUGUGAUCAGCCUGGCGACGCGCUGUGCCAUGCCCAGCUUCAGGAUGCACCUGAGGGCCAGAGGGAAGGUGGCUCAGGUCUUCAAAACGCUCAACGACGCCCCCCAGCACUCGAACCUGGCCCUGUGCACGGCCACCCUGAUGUACAUCCUGAGUCGGGACCGUCUGAACAUGGACCUGGACCGGUCCUGUCUGGACCUCAUGAUCCGGCUGCUGGAGAUGGACCACGAUCAGGGGCCCGGCGCCGGCACCGGGACCGACCCCGACGCUCAGUUCAGUGCCAGAGAGAUCGCCAAGAUGAAGGAGAAGAUCCGGAAGCUGUGCGACACCGUGCACAACAAGCACCUGGACCUUCAGAACAUCACGACGGGUCACUUAGCGAUGGAGACGUUGCUCUCGCUGACCUCGAAGCGAGCGGGGGACUGGUUCAAAGAGGAACUCCGGCUACUGGGAGGACUGGACCACAUCGUGGAUAAAGUGGGGGAGUGUGUGGAGAACUUGAACCAGGAGGAAGAGAAGGAGAAGAUGGUGUCGUCUCUGUGGGGGGCGGAGCGCUGCUUACGGGUGUUAGAGAGCGUGACAGUCCACAACCCAGAGAACCAGAGCUACCUGAUCGCCUACAAAGACUCAUCCCUCAUCAUAUCCUCUGCAAAGGUGCUGCGGAGGUGUGAGGCGAUGAUCCAGCGCUACAGCAGAGAGCUGAACUCAGACGGCGCUGUGGGGAAGGCUGUGGAGGAUUGUAUGAGAGCCAUCAUCGGAGUCCUGCUCCACCUCACUCACGACAACGAGUGGGGCAGCACGAAGACCGGAGAGCAGGAGGAUUUAAUCCUGACGGCGCUGAACUGUGUCCUCAAAGUACCCCAGUAUCUUCCUCAGGAGCAGAGGUUCGACAUCAGAGUGCUGGGUCUGGGCCUGCUGACCAACCUGGUGGAGUACAGUGCGAGGAACAAGCACUUCCUGAUGGAGAUGGAGUUGGAGGGGGGUCAGGGUCCCUGCGAAACCACCGUCCUGAUCAACCCGCCGCUCCAGGAAAUAGCCAGCACCGAGCCGCUCAGCGCCAUCGCAGCGCUGGUGCAGCUCUUCCUCCAAAGGGAGCGAGCCGCCAUCAAGGCCGAGGCGCAGACCGACGACCUGAUCAAGGAGGCACCGAAGCCCCCGCCGGAUAAGAGCGGCCAGUGGCAGGAGACGGGAGGCGAGAUCCAGUGGGUUUCCAACGACAAUGCCAACGAAGUGUCCAGCGAGAAGCAGCAGGAGGAGGAGAAGAAGAAGAAGGAGAAGGACGAGGAAGACCACGAGCUGGACCUCAACAAAGCUCUGCAGCAUGCAGGGAAGCACAUGGAGGACAGCAUCGUGGCCUCGUACACAGCACUGCUGCUGGGCUGCCUGUGUCAGGGGAGCCCGGUGAAUGUAACUACUGUGAGAGACAACCUCCCUAAAGGAGAUUUCUCCAUCAUGACAGAAAUGCUGAAAAAGUUCCUCAACUUCAUGAACCUCACUUGUGACGUCGGCACCACAGGACAGAAGUCCAUCUCUCGGGUCAUUGACUACCUGGAGCACUGCUAGAGAGAAGCCUGACACACACGCAUCUCACACACACACACACACACACACACACACACACACACCAUCAUCACCCAGAUUUAGUUGUUGCUCACACACAGAUCUUCCUCUGUGUUGUGACCUGUUAAAGGUGGCAUAAAAUGAAUUUAAAUUAACGAGACACCCCCCCCUCCCUCCUCCCUGUGAUCCGAUUAUUAUUUGAAGUUGUAUUUUAUAAGAUACAACUCGUGUGUUUCAAGCGUUCUAAUUGAAAAUGUGACGAGACGGCAUUUAAUAAAAUGUAAAUUAGAAUAGGGUUCGUUUUUCUAAUAAAGAUCACAUUUCGAAGCUUGAAUUUCAAAGUUUGUCCCGUUAACUUCUAGAAAGAGUCUCAAAGACCGACGUCUUAGACGCUACAAACUUCCGACUUCAAAAUGAGACAAAGAAUAUCAGCUUUGAGGCUUUUCCAAGAAACGUGUAUUUUCUUAAAUAGUAAUUACGGCGUCGUCUUCGUUUAUUGUAUAUUUUACAGAACAAGUUUUUGCGGACAAUUGAUUUUAUUUAUUACUUUUUUUGUGUUGCUCCGUUUCUCUGAACCCCCCCUCCAUCGAUCGUGCCAGAUUAAAGUGGAGCGUUCAUUUUCUCCACCCUGUUAUCAAAGCCUCUGCAAAACAACUGGAGUGGUUCAGAAACAAACUGACCGCACGAACCGCUCCUCUCCUCCUCUCCCUCCUCUCCUCUUCUUCCUCCUCCUGCUCCUCCUCCUCUCCUUCCUCCUUCUUCCUCCUCCUCCUCCUCCUCCUCCUCCUCGCUGGAGGCAGGUAAAUCAUGUAUUGAUCCUCUCUGACCCUCUGCAGUAGUUGAGGUGAUGUUUGUGUAGAAGCUCUAGAGAACUAACCGUUAGAGCUUCUUCUUCUUCUUCUUCCCCCCCCCCGUCUGCCUCCCGUCUGCCUCUGACUUUAAAUCUGUUUUCCCAGCAUGCACCACAGCACAAUGACCCUCCAGGUGGUGCAAACUUUCUCUCCAAAGAAUCGAUCGCCCUCUCGUUCCUCAUCAAAGCUCCGCGUCUCCAACCUUCAGUUCCUUUCAAUCACAGGAGAAGGAGCGUUUGAUUUCUACACAAAGGAGGCUCAGACGCCCCGGCCCGGGAGGUGAAGAGAGGCCGAGACACUCCACCUGCGGAGAGGCUUUCAAACACAACGCGUUUACACUUUAAUUUCCUUUCUUUUGGCUUGUGUUUUGGCCAGAAAUACUUCAGUUCUGGCUGAAAAAUCCCAGAGAUUGACCCUCUGAUCCGGCUUUCAUUCCAAGACACCACAAAUGUAUCAAAUGAAACUUAUAACGAGGAAUUUCGAUCCGUUUGAUCUUUGUUGUUCGACGGUUCCAACAGAUAAAUCACUCGUCAGAUAUCUCGCCUCACACGAUCAGAGAUUAGUUUUCUGUCUUCCUUUUCUCUCGUUCUUCAAUUCUGGCUGAAACAUCACAGCGUUUGUAAAUCCUCUGAUCUCCUUGAGACUCCUGUGGACGUUUCCAACCGGUAAAUUAUUUUCAAAUUGACAUGAUUUAAAUAAUGGAGACUACAAAUGAUGUGGCGUCCUAUUUGAGAACACAUUUUUUGGAACUUAAGUUGAAGGAUUUCGAUGAUUCACAGCAAAACAAACUCUAAUGUCCCCCAAAAAGUCUCAGGACGUUUUUUAGUUUGUAUUUUCUUUUACAAUUUAAAUUCCAUGUGUUUUUUAUUGUGAUUUUCACCUUUCGUCCAAUUAAAGACUAUUUAUUUGUUGUUGUUUUUUAAAGAUCCAGGAUGGGGUUAAGUGUCUUUAAACUGCAAAAACAAAAUGGAUUCAGUUACUUUUUCUACUUAAAAAAACAAGAAAAAAGUCUCAUCCCGUUAAUUUGCAUUCAUCCGUUACACACACACACACACACACACACACACACAGUUCGACCCUCACACUCCUUCUUUUAAGAGCUUUAUUCCCACGUCUGGAGAACGAAUGGAAGACUUGUUGUAAAUAGUUGCUGUACAUAGAUUUGCUCGUGUAGGAGCAGAGGAUGCUGGGUAAUGUCGGGGGUGGGAGUGGGCUGGGGGGGGGGGUUAACUUUAAAUUUAGUCCGUUAGACUCUCUCUCUCUCUCUCUCUACUUUUCUGGAUCCGACUCUAUUUUUCAUUUUCUAAAGCCUCUCCUCCGCGGUGUCGUUGUCCGGACGGAGAGCAGAGACUUGAUCUUUGUACCAGUUUGCAGACGGAUGUCUUUGGUUACCUGUACAUAAUUUUAAAAUAAUAAAAGUUGAUACUUUCAGUA